AUAAGACACAAAUAAUUUAAAUCAUUUCCGUGUUAGCUCACUAGAUACAAACAUGUCACGCCGGCUUCUCUUCGUCUUUGUCAUUUUAUGUUUUGUUUCUGUUGUGGUAACAUCGCCGAUAGAAGAGGCACCGCCGUUGGAUUGUCCAGAAAACGAGCGAUACUACAAGUGUUCUUUGGAAGUAUGUUUUAAGACCUGUGAUCACCUAAAAAGGAAUCCACCAUGUCCAGCUAUAUCUAGCGACUGCUUCCAACCAUCUUGCGAAUGUGAAAUGAGCUACUUGAGAAACAGCAAUGGCGUAUGUGUGCCGUAUGAAGAGUGUUAAAUAAAAGUAUUAUUAUUGCCGUUUUUGAAACUGUUAACCGUCAAAACUUAUACAUCUAUCUAUUGAAAAAUGAAUUGAAAAAUCUUAACUGAAAAUAAAAUAAAAUUAUUUCAAAUUUUAAAAUUUACUUGUACUUUAAUCUACAUAGCUAGGUAUGGAGAAUUAUUAAUAACGUUAUGUUUUGGUUUUAAACUAACAAUAUUUAUUUGUAGUUUCCAUUGUAUUAAAUGCACUUAUUAUA